AUGCGAGUGCUGAUAGCGGCGGCGGCGGCGGCGCUGUGCCUGGCGGCGUGCGCGGCGCGGGAGGAGGAGGGGGGCGGGGACCUGCAGCCCGCGGCGAGUCAUCACCACAGCCACGGCGGCGGCCACGAGCACCACGCGCACCACCACCACGAGCACGGCGACAAGGGGCACAAGGGACACAAGGGGCACCACCAUCACCACAAGGGCGAGCACGGACACCACGGCAAGCACCACCACGAGGGACACCACCACGAGCACGGCGGCGGACACAAGAAGCACUGGGACGAGCACGACCACCACGGCGAGCAUCAUGAACACGGACACCAUCAUAAAGGAGAGAAGCACGGACACAAGAAACACCACGACAAGGGCGAGCACGUAGACGGCUACCACAAGAAGUACCACAAGGACCACUUCGACAAGGACCACCACUUCCACGACAAACACCACAAGGAGGGCAAGCACCACAAGCACGACCACCACCACAAGCACCACGAGGAUCACGGCGGACACCACAAGAAGGGAGGCCAUCAUCAUUCCGGCCACCACGAGGACCACUACGGCAAGAAGGGCCACCACGAUAAAGGCCACUACGACGAGGACCACAAGGGACACAAGGGCCACCACGGCCACGAGGAGCACCACCACCACCACCACGACCACGGCAAGAAGGGCCACCACGACGACCACAAGCACUGGGGCUUCCACCACGGGAAACACUGA